GGGGCCGGCCCCGCUGCGCGCACAGGCGGGAGGCUGCGGCGGGAGCUGAGCUGACUUCGCCGGCGGCCCCUCCGCACCCCGCAGCGAGGCCGUAGCCGGAAAGCGCUGCCCGGGACCAUGGGGAGCAGCAAGAGCAAGCCGAAAGACCCCAGCCAGCGCCGGCGCAGCCUGGAGCCCACUGACAACGCCCACCACGGGGGCUACCCGGCCUCACAGACGCCCAGCAAGGCGGCCGCUCCCGACGCCCAUCGCACCCCCAGCCGCUCCUUCGGGACCAUGGCCGCCGAGUCCAAGCUCUUCGGAGGCUUCAACACCUCCGACACGGUCACCUCGCCGCAGCGUGCCGGGGCGCUGGCUGGUGGAGUCACCACCUUCGUGGCCCUCUACGACUACGAGUCCCGGACCGAAACGGACUUGUCCUUCAAGAAAGGAGAGCGCCUGCAAAUCGUCAACAACACGGAAGGUGACUGGUGGCUGGCUCAUUCCCUCACUACAGGACAGACGGGCUACAUCCCCAGUAACUAUGUCGCGCCCUCAGACUCCAUCCAGGCUGAAGAGUGGUAUUUUGGGAAGAUCACUCGCCGGGAGUCCGAGCGGCUGCUGCUCAACCCUGAAAACCCCCGAGGGACCUUCCUGGUCCGGGAGAGUGAGACCACGAAGGGUGCCUACUGCCUCUCCGUCUCUGACUUCGACAACGCCAAGGGGCUCAACGUGAAGCACUACAAGAUCCGCAAGCUGGACAGUGGCGGCUUCUACAUCACCUCCCGCACCCAGUUCAACAGCCUGCAGCAGCUGGUGGCCUAUUACUCCAAACACGCCGACGGCUUGUGCCACCGUCUCACCAACGUCUGCCCCACAUCCAAGCCCCAGACCCAAGGCCUUGCCAAAGAUGCCUGGGAAAUCCCCCGGGAAUCGCUGCGGCUGGAGGUCAAGCUGGGACAGGGCUGCUUCGGAGAGGUGUGGAUGGGGACCUGGAACGGCACCACCCGGGUGGCAAUCAAGACACUGAAGCCCGGCACCAUGUCCCCAGAGGCCUUCCUGCAGGAAGCCCAGGUCAUGAAGAAGCUCCGGCACGAGAAGCUGGUUCAGCUCUACGCCGUGGUUUCGGAGGAGCCCAUUUACAUCGUCACCGAGUACAUGAGCAAGGGGAGCCUCCUGGACUUCCUGAAGGGUGAGAUGGGCAAGUACCUGCGGCUGCCCCAGCUCGUGGAUAUGGCGGCUCAGAUUGCAUCCGGCAUGGCCUACGUGGAGAGGAUGAACUACGUCCACCGGGACCUCCGGGCGGCCAACAUCCUCGUGGGGGAGAACCUGGUGUGCAAAGUGGCCGACUUCGGCUUGGCACGCCUCAUCGAGGACAACGAGUACACCGCUCGGCAAGGUGCGAAGUUCCCCAUCAAGUGGACGGCCCCCGAAGCUGCUCUGUAUGGCAGGUUUACCAUCAAGUCGGACGUCUGGUCCUUUGGCAUCCUCUUGACCGAGCUGACCACCAAGGGCAGAGUGCCGUACCCAGGGAUGGUGAACCGAGAGGUGCUGGACCAGGUGGAGCGGGGGUACCGCAUGCCCUGCCCGCCCGAGUGCCCCGAGUCCCUGCACGACCUCAUGUGCCAGUGCUGGCGGAAGGACCCGGAGGAGCGACCCACCUUCGAGUACCUGCAGGCUUUCCUGGAGGACUACUUCACCUCGACAGAGCCCCAGUACCAGCCCGGCGAGAACCUAUAGACCCGGAGCUCCUCCUGGCACCAGGGACGCUGCUGUCCUCGCCGUGGGGCGCCGAGGGCUGGCCUCCCCGCCGAGGGACCGGUUUUUUGUGGAGCAGCCCCGGAGCGGGACGGGGCAUCGUCUCCGGAUGCGGCCAGGGGAGGUGCUGGGUCCCCCUGUUGCUCAUUAAGACUUCUGGCCCGUGUUUAACGAAGCGGCACCGUCCCGCUGGCGAGAGGAACCUGUAGGCACCAGCAGAGCCGGCUUGGGAGGGCGAGCGGAGCAUCUCCCGCUGAGAGACUUGGCCUUUGGGAGAUCUUUUCCCCCCAGCAGCUCUGGGGUGAGCCCGGAGGAACUGGGGGACAGCAUCACCCCACCUCAGACACACAGCCCCAGUCUCCUGCACCCCCUUUCUAAAUCAGCACAAAUUUCCCUGCCCCUUCGCCCUCCCUGCCAUCCCCCACCUUGGCUCUGGUUCUCCCGAGGGCGCCAGCAGAGACGUUUCACCGCGGGGAAGGCACAAUCCCUGGCUGGUUCAGAUGGGGCGAUGCACCAGGGCGGUGGUGCUGGCGUGGGGUGGCAGCGAAACGCUGGUGGUCCCCCUUCCUCAGGCGUCCCUCUGGCCUCGCCGUGGCCUCGCCAGCUAGCAGGCGCCGGGAGCGUGAAAUGUGGCUGCUCACGGCUCCGGUGACCGACACCAUCCCGUGGGAGCACCCGGGUGCACGUUCGAGUCUUCCAGCUGCGUCUAUCCCCCCAAGGGACCCGUCUCGUCUCCCCUGGGAGCAGCACCGGGGAGGGGGGUGCCGGCAGAGCCCUCACCCUGCCUGUGGCCAGCCCCGCCGCCCUGGUUGUGCUUUCUCCCACGAGCACUCCUGGUCUUCCAGCUGGCCCCCUGGGAAGUGCACCACCACCCCCUCAACCACCCUCCCCGGCUCCACCACCAGCUCUCCCACCGGCAGAGUCCCCCUGGGCUGGCCCUGCCACCAAAUCCGGUGCCACUGCGGGGCUUGGGUGCAUGGCACCUGUAGCUGUUCAGGGUGUGGGAGUGUUUUGGGGGAAAUACUCAUCUUUCAUGAAUGCUUUUGUCCACCUGGUACGUUUUUAGCUGCCUUCCCCCCACCCCUCGCGUCUCAACUGCCACGUGCAGUCCCUAUGCAGUGGGAGCAUCCCCAGCCAUAGGCCACCAUCCUGGAGGAGAGUCCUGGGAAGCGCUGUGCCACACAGGAGACAUUUGCAUCCUCAUCUCCCCCCCUGCUCACUCCCAAAGGCCUCAGCCAUGUUUUGGCAGUGGGUGGCUAUCUGUGCCCAGUUUUGCCCCCGCACACAUCCCGUGGGACUGAACCCCGGGGCCAGUGGGGCGGCACCCAGCCCCUGUGCUCUCCCACCCAGCACCUGCUUGUACAUAGCCCUUGAGCGGUCCCCGUGCCCUCCCAAACGUUGACUUAGUUGCAUGUAUUGGUUUUUUCCCCCUCCUGCAGCUGUACCGAGCUGGAAACCCUUCGCCAUGGUGGCGAGGCUUUGCUCCCUCACCUCUCGGGUCCCUCGCUCAGAAAGACCUGGGGGCUCUUUGGAUGCUCUCCUGGACU